UGCGCCGUCAGCUGUCAAAACGCGCGGUUUUGUUUUGGUACUUGUUUUGUUGUGGUAUCGAAGCAGUCCUCCGUGUUGUGUCAAAUUUAGGCAAAAAGGAACUGCCAAAGGUCUGCCGGAAUGUCCUCGUACCGCGGGGACCAGGUCGCACUGAGCUUCCACGAGUCGUGUCUGCGGCUGUCGGACGUGGAGUUGCUGAAGGGUCCGUUUUGGCUGAACGACCAGAUUAUUUCGUUCUACUUUGAGUACCUGGAGAAGCAGAUCUACAAGGACGAGGAUGACAUCCUGUUUGUGAGUCCGGAAGUGACGCAGUGCAUCCGAAUGGUGUCCGAGGCUGAGGUUGGGGUAUUUUUGGAUCCGUUGCGUGCUAAGCAGAGGGCAUUCAUCUUCUUCGCGCUGAACGAUAACCAGAUUGCGGAUCGAGCCGGUGGAUCGCACUGGAGUUUGUUGGUGUUCUCCAGGCCGGAACGGGCCUUCUACCACUUUGACUCGUCCCACCACAGCAACUCGGACAUCUGCCGACAGUUCGUCGGCGUACUGAAGCGCGCGCUGGACUGUCCGGAAGCCCAGCUUCGUACCGGAGACUGUCUGCAGCAGAGCAACGGGUACGAUUGCGGAGUCCACGUUUUGUGCACCGUCGACAGGGUGAUCCAGCAGGUGCGCAAGAGUGGCCGAAUUGAGGGCGUCAAAAGCGCCCGGUACGACGUGAUCCGAGGCAAACGGGAGGAGAUCCUGAACAUGAUCAUCGAGCUGGGCGGCCGGAUCAACUGAGUGUUCCGACAAUACCGGAAGUGCUAUCUUAGCGACGUAACAAUGCAACCAGACAUAGAACACGAGUACCUAGCGGGAGAGCAGAAAUUUGACGUGCGCACCUGAGUUUAUCACCGUGUAGAAUUUAUUUUAGAUUGUAAUAACUUAUUUAAACACGUUUCUUAUGAAAAUAUAACUAUGUAGCAUGUUUCUGUCAGACUAAAAAA